AAUCCAUUUGAAUUUCGUCUGAAACGCUGCAUUGUGAUGCUAACGUAUGUUAGCAUUAGCUUAGGGAAAAGUCUCAUGUCAGCACAGCAGCCACUGCCAACAACACAAGAUGUGGGCGAGUUUACAGCAACUUUUACUGCAGAACAACAACGGGAAUUGGCGAAGAAAAUAACCGCAUUUUUGUCUCAUUACGGUUAUCUGUCCGACUCCUUUAUUAUUGAGUUCUUUACUGAAAAUCUGUGGCAGACGUUACCGAGCGCGUGGCAAGCUGUUCUGCAGGAUCUUUCCUAUCUACAAACUGCAGAUCUACUGCUGGAUGCUUCUCCUGGAGACAGGAGGUAUCCAUCAGUGUGGCCCCUGUCCCUGCUGGCUUUCCGUUCCACCGCCCAUGCCCUGGCGUUUCCCAGAGGAUCGAGGCCGCAGCGAGGCAGGGCGACUGGUUCAGGGAAACCCGACGAGUUCCUGAAAAACCACAGUCAGAGUUCAUUACUGGGCCACAUCUUCAGGAAGCACGUAAAACCCAAGAAACAGCAUGAGAUCCGGAAGCUCGGCGUGCUUGUUAAGCAACUCUGUGACCAGACAGGCUGCAAGAAAGUGGUGGACGUGGGCUCUGGUCAGGGUCACCUGACCCGUUUCCUGUCCUUUGGGCUGGGUCUGUCUGUGACUGCCAUCGAAGCUGAUCACACCUUAGCUGCUAUGGCUUCCAGGUAUGAUGCAGAGUUACUGUGGGUCCUGGAAAAAGAAAACCGGAAAAAGGGCUGCUCCUUUCAACUUCCUGAAGAACAUUGUGUUCCACGGCACAUCGCUGGUUGGGUAAACCCCAAGGCAUCAUGGGAGGCUUUUAUAAAGCAACUAAAAGAUGCAGAUCAUGUCAUUGAGGGACCCCAAAGUUGGUCUGGACCAAGCAAAAAAAGACGUUCAGAUGUAACCCAGAAUUCAAAACCUGGUGGUUUUUCACUGAAUCCAAACAUGGCUGAUGGUGAACAGAUCCUGUCUGAGGGAAGCUGUUCUUCAGACAUCCAAUCUGUUUCUGUUAUGAACCCGGAGGAAUGUUGUGACUUUGUCCUGACUGGGCUCCAUGCCUGUGGAGACCUGAGCGCCACUCUCCUCCGCCACUUUGUCAGCUGCCCUCGAGUUCGUGGCAUCACCUCUGUGGCAUGUUGCUACAUGAAAAUCACUACCAAAGAAAACCCCGCCCCUCCAGGACUGAUCUCUCCUCCCACUCCGCCCACACCUAGCUCUGAGUCGUUUCCCUUUGAGUUUGGCUACCCCAUGAGCUCCUGGGUCAGAGGUUUGCAUGGCCAUCAGCUCUCCUAUAAGGCACGGGAGGGGGCGUGUCAUGCUGUGGAGGACUAUGUGCGGAGGCUCAGGGAGGAGAGCCAGCUGCUCAAGACCCACUGUUACCGAGCGAUACUGGAGACGUUCAUCAGGGAGGCGAGACCAGAUCUCCGCAGGGCAGGAAUCCAGACCAUAAAGAAAGCCCACUUGUUAGCUUUUACUGAGUAUGCACGUCUGGGCCUGCCUCGGGUCGGCCUUCCCUCUGAUUUACCCCUGGACCAGGAGCGGGUGGAGGCCAUGUUGAAACAGCAGAACAAGGUGGUGGUUUACUUCAGUCUGAGCCUGCUGCUAGCUCCUGUAGUGGAGACCUUGGUGCUGCUGGACAGGAUGAUCUAUCUGGAGGAAAACGGAGUGAAGAGUCAACUAAUUCCUCUCUUCAAUCCAAACUUUUCCCCAAGAAACUUUGUGCUGGUUGCUCUGAAGCCGUCCAGAUAGUUGAAACUACUGUUAACCUGUGAUUCUGCUCUCCGCUCCCCUGAUCCAACCCCCCAGGCUUUUCAUUGGUGUGUUUACGUGUUUUAUGAAUAUCUUCUGAGAGUAAAACUAUUCAGGGAUACCACUAUAUGCUUUAGAUUUUAAUAGUUUUGUUUUAUUUAAGUAUUUUAUUGAAGGGAAAGAUGUUUGAUGACACUGA